AUGUGCACUUUUAGUCUACUGAACUGGUGUAUGUACAGAGAAGACCAUGUUAACGGACUGGCCAUGGAGAGGGCCAUCCAGUGGGAUAGACCAGGAUACACUCCUUGGGAUGGCUAUGAAGAUCGACCCAUUGUCAACUGCAUGGGCAAAAUUCUAGCCAUCCUCAUUGGAGUACAACAGGAGCACAUGACUUGUACAUUAACACUCCCCUUCAAGUCGUCGACUGUAAAUUCAUUGGAUAGGAACCGUGGUGCCGACUUCAUUCCCAUUUCUGCGACGUGUUUUCGAUGUUUGAAGCGAUGUAAAGCCUUUUUGGUGAUUUUUGUGCAAAUCCAAGUUCUUCAUAGAGAUUUCUGA